UAUUUUCAUUCGAGUCCAGUCCACUCUUGAGACAUUUUAUCAACCACUUGUUGGGACUUUUUUUCAGUCCGUCUUCAAAUGCGCUGAGACCAGCAGACGCGGAAAAGCAUGCAGGUGAAGAUUGCGUCCAGGUGCAUGAGGAUCAUGAACCUCGCUGUUCCUUCUCGACGUCUUAAUCGUACUCCACUUCAGACAGCUCUAUGUGCGCCACGCGCCGCGCAUCAGCCCAAUCGCCGCUCCAUCUUCCUCGGAGCUCCAAGCCUCUCGAGUCAGUGCAGGAGGUUGUGGACCUCAGCCAGAACGACGUCGUCUGUGCCGAAGAUCAACGCCUUCCAAUCCGAUUACCCGUCCACACCUCCUCAGAAACCCGGUUCACAGCCAAAUGGGUACGCGCUGUUUUCAACAGAUGCAAAUCCGGCACCGAAGCAAGAGCCGGUGAAGUUGGCGAGGAAAGCUGUAUCUUCCGAAGGGCGUGUUCCCGACACCAAAAUCAUGGGGACUCUGGCUAAGUACCUAUGGAUGACGGAUAAUCUUGAGUUUCGGCUUCGAAUAGUAACUGCCUUGGCCCUUCUGAUUGGCGCCAAGGUGGUAAAUGUUCAGGUUCCAAUCUUGUUUAAGCUUGCCGUUGAUUGGCUAGCAACGGCCACAGGCAGUCCCGGUGCUCUUGCUGAGUUUGCGGCUGCUAAUUCUACCUUUCUAGCUCUUUUUGCUACCCCAGUUGCGGUUCUGAUUGGAUACGGUAUAGCUCGAGCUGGGGCGUCCGCUUUUAAUGAACUACGAACUGCAAUAUUCUCUAAGGUGGCCUUGAGAACGAUACGACAAGUUUCACGAGAGGUCUUUUCACAUUUGCACGAGCUUGACUUACGGUAUCACCUUAGUUUAAAUGUUAUCGGAAGUGCUUCUUUUCAGCUUCUUGUUUCGGUUACUUUUAUUCUACUUACCCGUUGCUUUAUAUUUCUAUACAUUGUUGUCCUUUUUGCUCUGCUUUCAGUGGUUUUUGAUGUGCAAACGACUAUGUUUCUGUCUUUGUUUCUAGUCGAGAAACAGAUAUCAAUGGUAUCUGGCAUUCUUGCUUAUAAAUUUGGAGCUCCAUUUGCAUGGAUUACUUCCUUGUCUAUGGCAGCCUAUAUAGCUUUCACAUUGGCUACAACACAGUGUCUUCAGUUAACCAUUCUCAGAAAGAAGCAUCUCGUCUGUACUGGUUCCGUCUUGAAUUCUUCACUUUCGAUAUUGUCUUUGUUUUGUUGGAGAACCAAGUUCAGGAAGGCGAUGAAUAAAGCUGAUAAUGAUGCUAAUACACGCUCAAUUGAUUCUUUAAUUAACUAUGAGACUGUCAAAUAUUUCAACAAUGAGGGUUUUGAAGCUGAUAAAUAUGACGAGUUUCUUGAGAAAUAUGAAGAUGCUGCCUUAACGACUCAAAGAAGUCUUGCCUUUUUAAACUUUGGCCAGAGUUUGAUAUUUAGCACAGCUCUGUCAACUGCUAUGGUGUGGUGUUCCAGUGGGAUUAUGAAUGGCAAUAUGACUGUUGGAGACUUGGUCAUGGUUAAUGGGCUACUUUUUCAACUCUCUCUUCCACUCAACUUUCUUGGCAGUGUAUAUAGGGAAACAGUUCAAAGUUUGGUAGACAUGAAGUCCAUGUUCCAAUUACUCGAGGAAAAAUCAGAAAUUGUGGAUGCAGAUGAUGCGAAACCCUUGCAAUUAAAUGGUGGUAGUGUUGAAUUUGAGGACGUCCACUUCAGUUAUCUUCCAGAAAGAAAGAUUCUUGAUGGUAUAUCAUUUGUCGUGCCUGCUGGGAAAAGUGUGGCUAUUGUUGGGACCAGUGGAAGUGGGAAAUCGACAAUUUUAAGACUGCUUUUCAGAUUAUUUGAUACCCACUCUGGGCGUAUAAAAAUAGAUGGUCAAGAUAUUCGGACAGUUACACUUGAGAGCCUUAGGAAGUCCGUUGGGGUUGUUCCGCAGGAUACUGUGAUGUUCAAUGAUACUAUAUUCCACAACAUUCAUUAUGGUCGACUUUCAGCUACAGAAGAAGAGGUAUACAGUGCAGCUCGCCAGGCAGCCAUUCAUGACACCAUAAUGAAGUUCCCCGAGAAGUAUCAGACUGGGGUGGGGGAAAGGGGACUUAAGUUGAGUGGCGGUGAAAAACAACGAGUAGCACUUGCUCGUACAUUCUUGAAAGCACCUCGCAUAUUGUUCUGUGACGAAGCUACUAGCGCCCUUGAUAGCACAACUGAGGCCGAGAUAUUAAAUGCUCUCAAAUCCCUUGCAAAUAAUCGCACUGCAAUAUUUAUUGCCCACAGGCUCACAACAGCAAUGCAGUGCGAUGACAUUGUAGUUUUGGAGAAUGGGCGAGUGGUCGAACAGGGCCCACACGACGUUCUAUUGUCAAAGAUGGGCAGAUAUUCUCAGCUGUGGUCGCAGCAGAAUUCAACUAUCGAUACUCUCGAUGCAGCUAUCACCACGAAAGCAUGAGUAUACAUAUUUAGAUUUUUCGGUUACAUUAAAAUCUUCGAUCUUUCGUCAUUUGACUGAAUCUGAAGGGUACUUUUGUAUCUGACUUGUGUUUUUAGAUUCUCCAAGAACGGAAUCUUUAACUUGUGAACUUGUUCAGGUUCGUUGCCGAAUAAAUCUUAUGGCACGAAUCGGCUGUGAUAGUUAUAUACCGUUUAUAAUCAGCUUAUUAUGGUAGGAUAAAACAAUUUCUCCUUUUAUAUCUGCCUUAAAUGGCAGUUUUAGUCAAUGCAGGAAUAUACAGUGAAUAUUUACUGUUGAAUGUAGCCCCCCCCUUUGAAUCAUAUUCUCUUGAAAGGAUAUUUGUUUUAA